AUGUUGAAACCAUGGAGCAUUGAUGCUGAUUUAGAUAAGAUGCAGGACUUUUAUUAUCCUAUGUGGGUGCAAUUUUCAAACUUAAGAUUAAACUUAUGGAGCUCAAUAGGCAUCAGUAAAGUUGCUAGUCUUAUUGGAAAUCCUAUUUCAACUGACAAACUCACGGCAACUAGACAGAGAUUGAGCUAUGCAAGAGUUUUGUUAGAGGUGAAAUUACCUUUGAAAGAACCCUUACCUGAUCAGUUUAAUAUCCAAGGGCUUGAUGGAACAAGCUAUACCCAAACAGUAAUAUAUGAAUUUAAACCUAAGUGGUGUUCAUUGUGUAGCAAAAUUGGUCAUGACAUAGAGCAGUGUAGAAGAAUUAAAACUAAAAAGAUAUGGGUUCCUGUUAUUAGACAGGCUGCACAGGUAACUGCUAUUCCUGAGCUUGUUAAGGAAUCUGAUGUUAUUCCUGAGCUUGAUAAGGAAACUUCUGUUCGGCAAGGUUAUAUAGCAUGUAUUAAUAUUGGUCCUAUUGAGCAUGAUGUGGAAAAAGUAGUUCUUCUGCAAGUUUAUUCCUCAACUCCGAUUGUCAAUGCAUUUGGAUUUUCCAGUAUUAAUAGAGCUAAUCUAGCAAGGAGAGCUUCUAUAGCCAAUCCUGAAUUUUCAGUUCAAGAAAUAACAUCAACUGAACAAUAUAUUACCUGUUCUAUUAAUUCCAGAGAUGGUAAAUUCUCCAGCUUAUGUACUAUUGUCUAUGCUCUUAACCAAAUGACUAACAUGAGAAUUCUUUGGAGAGAUCUUCUAACAUUUAAAAACAAUGUCAAUGGUCCCUGGAUUAUUGGAGGGGACUUCAUUGCAAUUACUAGCUAUGAUGAGAAGAUUGGAGAUGCUGAAGCUAGAAUCUGGUCCAGAUUAGACAGAUAUUUGGUUAAUGAAGAUUGGAUUCAUCUAUAUACAAUUAGUCAAGUAGAGUAUUUGUUGCCUAGCUGCUCAGAUCAUUCUCCUGCUCUCCUAGCUAUUGAAGAUUAUGUCAUAGAAGUCUCUACAAAUAAUCCUGAACCAGUGGUGAUUUCUAAUGGCCCUCUUCUUUCCUAUGAUCAAAGACAUGCUUUAAGCCUUCCAGUUACAAGAAAUGAGAUAAAACAAGUUAUCUUCUCUAUGCCAAAUGACAAAAGUCCAGGCCUGGAUGGUUAUAGUGCUUUGUUCUUCAAAACUUCUUGGAGUGUCAUUAGUGAAGAACUCUUCUCAGCAGUUGAAUAA